AUGUUCUCUAUCGCGACUGCACCGGCGAAGCAGUCUGUGAGCGACACUAUCUCCGUCCUCAGUGGCCGUCUUGGGUCUGCAACACUGCUUGAAGAUCGAAGGGCGGCAAUCCUUGGUUUGCGAAGCUUUGCGAAGGAAUACCCAGCCUCGGUGGCAUCGGGCGCAUUGAGGAGCUUGAUUGGAAGCCUGAGCAAGGACGGUGAAGAUGUCGAUACAGUUAAAGUGGUCCUUGAGACCUUGCUGAUGCUGUUCAGCCCCAAUGAGGACAGCGCUGAGGCAUCGGAAGAGAUCGCUCUCUGGCUCGCCGACGAGUUUACCCAACGGCAAGAGAACAUCACCCUUCUGCUUGACUUCCUCGAAGGCAAUGACUUUUACUCCCGGUUGUACUCUCUUCAGCUCCUGUCUGCCAUAUUGUCAGCCCGUACCGAACGGACAGAGGAAUGCGUCUUCAACGCGCGCCUGGGCAUUUCGAGGCUUACCGCUCUCCUCGACGACCGGAGAGAAGCUGUUCGCAACGAAGCAAUUACGCUCCUGACGUAUCUGACACCGACCUCGCUAGAAAUACAGAAGCUAGUGGCCUUUGAAAGCGCCUUUGACCGGAUCUUCCAUGUCGUCGACUCUGAAGGAGGCCUUGUGGAAGGAGGCAGAGUCGUCGAGGACUGUCUGAUACUGCUGGCGAACCUUCUGCGCCUCAAUUCUUCUAACCAGUCCCUAUUCAGGGAAACUGGCUGCAUAUCCCGUCUUUCCAACCUGUUGGAAUCCACACAUAGAGCCCAGGAUGACGGCGGAGAGGUCGCUCCUUGGGCACAAGCACAGAGAAACAGGAACGUAUACGCCCUGCUCGCUGUCAUAAGGCUAUUCCUCGCUGUGGGGGCAGUAGGAACUGCUCAGAACCAGGCCGCAUUCUGGCAGCAUGGCGUGCUCUACCACGCUCUUCAGCUCGCCUUUAGCCCGGAGGCCGAAGUCCCAAUCAAAUCCGAGGGCCACCAGUCGGGAGCUGACGAAACUGCCAAUGUUCUCACAACGCUGCUUAGGCCCCCGACGGAGGCAGCAUCAACCGAUCCUUACAGGUACUGGUUUGCAGCUGUCAUUAUGCUUCACCUGGUGUACGAAAACCCAGCAACGAAGGCUCUAGCCAUGGGAGUAACCGAGGGUGAUGAGGCCAAGGGCGAGGAGGUGGUCACUAGCAUCCAAACCAUCACAGCGCACCUGCUUGGUAGUCUCAGUAGAGACGAGGAUAGUCGCAUCGCCGCGGGAUACUUGAUGCUACUUCUAUGCUGGCUCUUCGAGGAUCUCGAGGGGGUGAAUGACUUCCUCGGCGAGGGGAGUAAUGUCCAUGCACUGAUACAAGGCGCAGUGCAGAACGCGCAUGGAGACCCCGUCGUGCAAGGCCUCUGCGCCAUGUUACUCGGAGUCGUCUACGAAUUCUCAACCAAAGACUCCCCCAUUCCGCGCGCAACCCUGCAGCCGAUUCUCACGUCACGAAUGGGCCGUGAUAGGUAUAUAGAGAAACUAAGCAAACUGCGCUCGCACCCGUUGAUGAGGGACUAUGAGGUCCUCCCGCAAAAGCUGGAUCUGUCGUCGGGGCAAAGACUGCCGGAUGUCUUUUUCGAUUCCACCUUCGUCGACUUCUUCAAGGACAAUUUCAGCCGUGUGCUGCGGGCCAUUGAUCGCGAACCGGAGAUGGAGAUCUCGGUGAUCACCAACGGUGUCCAGAAGGGCAUUUCCCGGGAAAUGGUCGACUCUCUGCGGGCUCGAGUCGACGAGAGAGAGCAGGCCCUGCAGGCUGCGAAAGUUGAAGUCGAAUCUCUGGCCAGACAGUUGGAGCAAGAGCAGGCAGGUCACAGGCAGACAAGAGAAUCCGCAGCCGUGGAGGUCUCGAGAGUCAAGAACGUCAACGAAGGACUUCAGCAACGCCACGAGCAAGAAAUCAAGAGGCUGACGCGACACACCAGCAACAUUCGGCGGCAGCAUGAACUGAGAGAGCAGGAGUUGGCAAGGCAGAUGGAGAAGUCUCGCAAGAUGGCUGAACAAGACGUCGAAAGACUUCAACGCCGAGCCGAUGCCGAGAAGGCCGACCUCAGAGCGACUGCCAGCCGACUUGAGGUUGAUCUCAUGAAGGCGAACAAAGCCAAGGUGCAGGAAUUGCAGGCCCUGCGUGGCGAAUUCGGCUCCAAGUUUUCAGAGCAAGACGCACUUCUAAAGAGCGGCAAGGAAAAGAUGGGAGAAGUUGAGACGAAGCUUAAAGGAUUCGAAGUCAAGUGCAAGGAGUUAGAGGAGCGGCUUAGAUCUUCAGACGAGGAAAUACAAGAGAUGUCCGCUCAACUGGGACAAAAGGACCAAGAGAAGCAGGCGGUACAGAGUGAGCUGGAUGACCUGCUCAUGGUGUUCGCUGACCUCGAAGAGAAGGCCUCUAGAUAUAAGCAAGAAUGGCUCGACGGCGACGACUUGGACGACGGGGAGGUGGAGACCGUAAGCGUCGUUUCACUCCUUGACGACCGUGUCUUCCCGGAUGCCAUGUCCAUGAUAUCCUACUGUAAGGAGAAGGGCAACCUCGACUUCCUGGGCAUCCGGGAUCGGCUAGGCCUGGACUUCCAUGGAACCGUCAAGCUCAUCAACUUCAUUCGCCAGCGAGUGCACGAUGGCGCACCCGUCCCGGAGGAAAUCGCCUCGUCGGAUCUCGAGGAUGAUCGUUACCUCAAGCCAGUGCUUGACGACGACGCCCUGAUCCUGUGCCUCGACGACCUGCCCGAGCCGCCGGCAGCAGCGCCGGCCGCUGGUGUUGGUGCCGCCGCCACCGGCCAGUCCUCGGCCGAUUCCGGCGGCCUGCCUCAGGACCUGAUCCGGAGGAAUGCUGAACUCCACGCCGAGCUCGAGGCCCUCGCCAAGCAGUUCAGCAACUACCGGCUCGCCGUGCAGCAGACUCUCGACCGCCGGUGGGGCGACGACGAGCAAGGCGACGACGACGCGGCGGCGGCGGCGACCGGCAAGGCGACGGCCGGCGAUGCGGUCGUCAAGGACGAUUCCGCUCACUACUGGGAAUCGUAUGCUCAGAAUGAAAUCCACGAGACCAUGCUCAAGGACCGCGUGCGCACCGAUGCGUAUCGGGACUUUAUCUAUGGCAACAAGCACCUAUUCAAGGACAAGGUUGUCCUCGACGUUGGCUGCGGCACAGGCAUUCUCAGCAUGUUCUGCGCCAAGGCCGGCGCGAAGCAGGUGAUCGCGGUCGACAAGUCCGAGAUCGUCGACAAGGCGCGCGAGAACAUCUUCAACAACGGCCUGAGCGACCAGAUCGUGUGCCUCAAGGGGCGGAUCGAGGAGGUGAUUCUGCCGGUCAAGGAGGUGGACAUCAUCGUCAGCGAGUGGAUGGGGUACUGCCUCCUCUACGAGGCCAUGCUCCCCAGCAUCAUCUGGGCCCGCGACAGGUACCUCAGGCCCGACGGCCUGCUGGUGCCCAGCCACGCCUCCAUUUGGGUCGCCCCCAUCUCGGACUCCGAGUACGUCGCGGACAAUGUCGCCUUCUGGCGAGACGUCUACGGCUUCGACAUGAAGGCCAUGCAGGAGGGGAUCUACGCCGACGUCCGAAUCCAGACGAUGUCUCAGAGCACCCUGGGCGGAACCCCCUGCGCUUUCAGGUUCCUCGACCUGCACACGACCAAGACGGAGGACCUAGUGUUUGACGCGGAAUGGAAGACUAAGACGCUCCCGGAUGCUGAUAGCUUGGACGGCUUUCUGCUGUGGUUUGACAUCUUCUUCGCGUCCAGCCGUAACGAUGAUACGAUCUCGACGAACAUGUCUGCGAAAGAAUGGUCCGCGGCUGGCGCGGAGAGGGUAUCUUUCACCACCGGGGCGCACGGCCAACCGACGCAUUGGAUGCAAGGGAUCUUACUCAAUGAUGAAGAUCAUACCCAGUCACUGCAGCCGGGAGCUGAGCAGGAGAUUCAUGGCCACAUCUCUUUCCAGAUCGCUGAAGAUAAUGCCCGAGGCUUGAAGAUUGGAGUGACAUGGGAGACUCCGGGCCAGAAGAAGCAAGCGCAGUCGUGGUUGCUGCAGUAG